GUCGUGACGAAUAGAUGUUGACGGAAAGCAUGAUCAAAUGCAUCCGUAUCAUUGCCUUGCGUGUCGUCCUGUGCAACGUAAACGUUCUAUACCGUAGGGUGAUGUUCACAUGUACUGAAUCUUCCUUCGGAGGAAGCUUUCAUGCAGAAUUCGGUCGUGCACCCUCCCUGCCAUCAUCAACUCGGGGCACGCCAUAAUAGCCCACGAGGUGACUGACAUACAUUAAAACACUUGCCUGAUCUUGUUCUCUCUUGCUCUGGCAUCUCGUCCUUUCCUCAUUUUUAUCCUUCCACUCUCGUUUAUGUUUAGGAACCCCGCUAGCAGUUUUGUCUUUCCGAUGCUGAAGUAAGACAAGAUUUUUGUGGAAGCUGGAUAGACAUCGUCAAAAGAUGAUCAUUGGCGGACAUCGAAAAAGGUCCACAGUGCCCUGGAUCGACAAGCUAUUGAGCACAUGUUUGCCCCACGGCACGUUUCCGAUGAGAAUGGGUGAGACUGUCCAAUCUGCGCGUUUACUCGCUCUGCAACAGAGCUAUGGCCUUAAAGAAUAUGUCAUCCAAGACCUCUGGUCAGAAUGGUGCUCCUGUGGCCUUUGCAUUGUAGUGUAUGAUAAAGUACCAGUAAUCAUCCAGAGAAUAAGAACGAUUUAUAAACACUCGACCUCCUUUGUCUUUUCCGCACUGAAAAUACAGCCGACGAGCUUUCGAGUAAAGGUCAGGGCCUAGCCAGCGAAAUCAAUUUUAGGACUCAUGUUAACCAUUUGGCUCCAGACACUUUGAGUCUUUUCCACUGAUGAUUUGGACCUCUAGCUUGUAUUUCGUGACCCUUGUUGGGACAUCUCUCGUAAGUGUUCUGUUCAGUUUUGAAAUUCGCCAUGGUUUCUUGGAUAGUCGCUUGAGUGUCAUAGGGCAUGCUGUGGUGGGCUUUAUAUUGCUCCAAUUGCACCAGAUCUUUCAAUGUAAUCAGCUGAGCAUCGUUCCUUAAUUUUCAUACCUCUGUCCAUACGGUUUAUCUUACAUUGUCCAUCAUGGCUUCUUUCGCU